AUUUUAAAAUUAAUGCACAAAUUAUUGCAUCGAUAGAAAGCUGGUUAUUUAAGAAGCAACACCCCAUCACAAAUUCUCAACGCCAUAAAAGUAUUAUUAUUUCUUUCUCUCAUUCACAAAUUUUUCUUUCCCAAAUUUUCCUCCAUUUCAAACUGAUUGAAGAAAGAACUCAUUGAGUUUGAUCACCAUUUUACUUGUAUAACAUGGAUGCUUCAAGUAGUAUUACUAAUCAAAAUGAAGUUGAAGGAACAGGAGAAAACGUGCUUGCUAAACAUGCUGCUUUCUUCGAUAGGAAUCAUGAUGGUGUUAUUUAUCCAUGGGAGACCUUCAAAGGAUUGCGUGCCAUUGGAUGUGGGCUAUUUAUAUCCAUCGCCACAACCUUUGUCACCUUGACCAUCAGUCCCAAAACUCGCCCGGGGAAAUUCCCUUCUUUGCUUUUUCCAAUUGAAAUAAAGAACAUAGCCAAGGGCAAACAUGGGAGUGAUACUGGUACUUAUGACACACAAGGAAGGUUUGUAGAAUCGAAGUUUGAAGACAUCUUUAGGAAGCAUGCUCGCUCAAAUACAAAUGCUCUCACCUCUAAAGAACUUAGUGAUAUGCUCAAGGCAAACAGAGAACCUAAGGACUUAACAGGAAGGAUUGGUGCCUUUGUAGAAUGGAAAGUAUUGUUUUCUCUAUGCAAGGACAAGGAUGGGUUGUUACAAAAAGAUGUAGUAAGAGGAGUAUAUGAUGGAAGCUUAUUUGAGAAGUUGGAAAUGGAGAGAAAAUCUUCUAAAUAAGAUUCACAAACAAAGCUAGCUAGCUUAGUUGGACUAUGUCAUAUACAUAGUGUGAUUAAACAUAUACUAUGAAUCAUUUUUUAACUUAUGUAAAUCACUAAAUCAUCAUUAUUUUUACUUCUCUUUUCCAAGUAAUUAUGGAGGGGGUCAAUUUGUUUGUUAUUGUUGAUCUUCAUCAUUGGGUUGCACCAAUUUGAUAUUGUUUUGUAUUUAACAUGUGGGUUUGAAUUUACUAGUUAUACAUUGUUGUUCAUUCUA